AUGUUCUCCAGACUCGUAAGACCUAGCGUAAUCUCAGCAAGAAACUUCAGUACAUCGAAACAGGCCAACUAUAAAGUAGCAGUAUGUGGAGCUUCUGGAGGUAUCGGCCAACCCCUUUCUUUACUCUUAAAGAUAAAUCCCUUAGUUAGUGAAUUGUCACUUUAUGAUCUUGUUCACACACCUGGAGUUGCAGCUGAUUUAUCUCAUAUUGAGACACCUGCUAAGGUGAAGGGAUUCAAUGGACCUGAAAAUUUAAAAGAAGCAUUAAAAAAUGCUAAUGUAAUCAUCAUCCCAGCUGGUGUACCUAGAAAACCAGGUAUGACCAGAGAUGAUCUAUUCAAUACAAACGCCGGAAUUGUAAAAGCUUUGGCGGAAUGUGCAGCAGAAGUAGCACCAGACGCCCUUAUUGGUAUCAUUACCAACCCUGUAAAUUCGGCCGUUCCAAUUGCUGCUGAAGUUCUUAAAAAGGCUGGAAAAUUUGAUCCCAAACGUGUGUUUGGUAUCUCCACUUUGGACAUUGUCCGUGCCAACACUUUCAUUGCUGAAGCCAAGGGACUUAACCCCAAGGAUGUCAAUGUUCCUGUUAUUGGAGGACACUCUGGGGUCACUAUUAUCCCCCUACUUUCCAGGGUGACACCCUCAGUUUCAUUCCCACAGGACCAACUUGAAGCUUUGACUAGUAGGAUACAGGAAGCUGGUACAGAAGUAGUAAAAGCCAAAGCAGGUGCUGGAUCUGCCACCCUCUCUAUGGCUUAUGCUGGAGCAAGGUUUGCAAACUCACUCCUCAGAGGUCUUAAGGGAGAAUCAAACGUCAUUGAAGCUGCCUACGUCCAGUCAGACGUGACAGAAGCUGAAUAUUUCUCCACACCUCUGGUAUUGGGCAAGAAAGGUCUCGAGAAGAAUUUAGGUUUAGGGCAACUCAGCGACUAUGAACAAGAGCUUCUCAAGAAGGCAAUGCCAGAAUUAAAGAAAAACAUUGAAGCCGGUAUCAAAUUCGCAAAUUCGUAA